ACUGUCUGUGGUUUACUAAAUCAGUUUAUCAAACAUGAAAGCUUCUAGCUAACGUAAGGAAAAGAGACUGGUAAUCCUUUCACACAGUCACUAGAAGCUUCUACAGGAAAAUUAGAAAACUAUUUUUACUAUUGACUAAAUCUUCUAGCAAAUAACAAAGAACCUUCAGAUGUUCAAACCCUAAGGAGCAGCCUAGAAAAUGGGAACAGGCCUGUGUUCCUUUGCUAAUUGUAGCAUUAAAGGGCUUGAGAAAUCCAGAACUUGGGACUAGGAAAAAAACAACCACCAAACAAAAACCAGUCACAGCCGCUGGCCACAGUCUAGCACAAUGCUGAGGUGUUAGGCUAAAGGUGAAGAAACCUGUAACAGGGCCUGUCCCAGAUACAAGUCCUCUUCUCACAACCCAUGUGACCAAAUUUUUGAGCUGGAAACGUCACUGGGGGCUGGGAAGGCGGGAUCUGAGUUUGUUCCUCGUCCCCAAGAGAUCCAUCAGACACCCUGAGGCGGCACCGAGGGGGGCGCAGGGCUGUCCCGCUGUCCCCGCCGGCCGCAGGUGAGCGCGGCCCGGCCCGGCCCCGCCCGUCCCUCCGCUCCUCCCCUUCCCUCCCUCACGCCGCCCUUAAACCCCAGUGCGGCCGCAUCCCGGGCACUGCCGCUGUCCCGGCAUGGCCACGCCGCUCCAGCCCCUCAUCCCGCUCCUGCUGCUCUGCGGCUGCCUCUGCCCGCCCGCCCGCGCCGGGCUCUACUUCAGGGAAGGGCGGCACUGCUACAGACCGGCCCCGCGCAAGGCGCCCGGCCUCAGGACCUACCCCCGCCCGCACGAGUACCUGGACGUGUCGGCGCUGCCGCAGAGCUGGGACUGGAGGAACGUGAAUGGGGUGAAUUACGCCAGCACCACUCGGAACCAGCACAUCCCCCAGUACUGCGGGUCCUGCUGGGCCCACGGCAGCACCAGCGCCUUGGCAGACCGAAUCAACAUCAAGAGGAAAGGUGCUUGGCCCUCUGCCUACCUGUCUGUGCAGAACGUCAUCGACUGCGCUGACGCCGGCUCCUGCGAGGGCGGGGACCACUCCAGGGUCUGGGUGUACGCCCACGACCACGGCAUCCCCGACGAGACCUGCAACAACUACCAAGCCAAGGAUCAAAAGUGUAAGAAGUUCAACCAGUGUGGAACUUGUGUCACUUUUGGAGAAUGCCAUGUGAUCAAGAACUACACUCUCUGGAAAGUUGCUGACUAUGGGUCUGUCAGUGGAAGAGAAAAAAUGAUGGCAGAAAUCUACACUAAUGGACCAAUUAGCUGUGGCAUAAUGGCUACUGAAAAGCUGGAUGCCUACACAGGGGGACUGUACACAGAGUACAACCCCGCACCUACAGUGAAUCACAUCGUCUCUGUGGCUGGCUGGGGAGUGGAAAAUGGGACAGAAUAUUGGAUAGUUCGUAACUCCUGGGGCGAGCCCUGGGGUGAAAGAGGGUGGCUGAGGAUUGUGACCAGUGCCUAUAAGGGUGGAAGAGGAGCAGACUACAAUCUAGCUAUUGAAGAGGACUGCACAUAUGGAGAUCCUAUACUGCCUUGAUUCUACAUGCUACAGCUUUGUGUUUAGGUACUUUGUUUGGAAGCUUCCCAGCACAACCUCCUCUUGUUUAAAGAAUAGCCUAAGACUCCUUCACAGUUCAACACCAUCAGGCAGUUCUGCAAAAUUAGCCCAGAUGCAACACACAAUGCCUUCAGAAAAUACAGAACUGCCCUAAUUUUAUCUACAUCUUGAAGUAAUUCACCCAUGAAGGAGUUGUCUACCUUGAUGCACAGUAUGAAAAUCACACUGACAGAAUCACAGAACAUGUACGUGUAAAUACCUAUUUUUUUAAAUAAAAACAAAUUAUGUAGAUGUACUGGAAAAGUAUACUCAAUAUUUGGGUCUAGAACUUCUUUUAAAUUCUGUGACAGUACUGACCAAAUAUGUUGCAAUGAUGCAAAAGCCAUGGUAACUCUAGACAUGGUAAAUUAAAAAUAUGAAACCCUGUUUUUCUUGACCUCCUGGUGAAACAGUGGUGUUGGAAUUCUUAAAUAAUGAAGUUGCUUUUAUCCACUAAAAUUAUAUAAUGGGAAUUACUUUAACUAAGAGACAGUCUAAACACUUCUUAUUUAAUUAGUCUUGUCUUUGCUCAAAUUUCUUAAUAUGUGACUGUGCCCUUUCUCUCCUAAAGAGAAAAUUGCCAUAAUGCAGAACUCCUCACUAAUAUGACAAAUCAGUGCCAUAUCAGAUGUUACUACGUGGAAUUGCUGAUUUAAUAAAUAGACUUUUUCUCUUA